AUGACGUGGGCAAUGUGGGCCAUAUCAACACAACUUCAAAGCAUACCUCAGCCUUGGUCCCAUUUGGCUCUUGCCGUGGCGGCCGUGUUAUACGUCCUCAGUUUAUUUUCAUACUUUCGUGUUAUUUACGACGGGCCUGGACUGCCGGAAGAUUAUCCUGAACUACGGCUCCCGCCACAGCCUGAAUGGAGUGCUUCACCUUACGAUACUGCUAGACCAUACACGCUGGGACAGCCCCAGAUGGCCAUUCCACCUACCGAAAUUUACGAAACACAUACUUUCCGUGAUAACCAGCCGUCGUACAAGCUGUGCCACGUGUGCAACGCCUGGAAACCGGAUCGGUGCCAUCAUUGCAACAACUGUAAACGAUGCAUUCUCAAGAUGGACCACCAUUGCCCGUGGUUUGCUUGUUGCAUCGGGUUCCGAAACCACAAAUUCUUCAUUCAGUGCUUGUGCUACAUCACUGCGUUUUGCACCUGGCUUUUGAUCCUUUCGAUCCACGAGGUGUACCGCUUCUUCGUGGACCAGGGAGACGAAUUGACCUCGUACCUCCUGCUUAACCUUGUAUUUGUGUUGGUGUUGUCGUUCACAUUCUCCGUUGCCGUGGGUGUCUUUACGGCGUUUCUGGUGUACCUCAUGCUUCGCAACUACUCGACCAUCGAGUUCCAAGAUAGCCGGUGGAACUACGCCAACGACCACGAUGCGCAAUACGAGUUUGACUCGAACGGCAAAAGAAAGAAACUUGGCCAUAUCUACGAUUUGGGCGUCAGGAGAAACAUGCGUGCUGUGAUGGGCGAUUCCUGGCUAGCCUGGCUCCUUCCGAUCAAGGUCACCAACGAGUCCUUGCUGUCUGGAGACAAGAACGGCGUUCAUUUCGACGUCAACGAAGCAACAUAUGAGAAGAUGUGCACCAACGCCAAGCUCCAGACCCAGCUCAAUAGACAACUUGCCGAGUACCGGGACCGCAUCCACCACAGAAACGAAGCCACCAACGACAACACAGCAUGA